AUGUUCGCCCUGAAAUUAUUUAUCCUCGGUACAUGUGUGGCGUGUCUACUAGCUCAAGAUGCAACGAAUAAACAGCCAGUGGAAAUCCUUACAGAGAAAAGCUUCGUCCGAGAAGACGGAUAUGAUUUUGAAUACAAAACUAGUGAUGGUGUAUCACGCAAAGAAGAAGCUGGAUUGAUCACCGUUGGCGAUCAGCAGGGUAUCGGAGUUAAAGGAUCCUACUCUUACACAGCACCAGACGGACAACAGUACCUAGUGACCUUUACUGCUGAUGAUAAAGGAUACAAACCACAGAUACAUGUAGUGUCACCAAAUCAAUAA